AUGGCGGCGGUCUCCUGUCUCUUAAGACCACUGGGGAUCGGCAUCGCCCAGCGACCGGAGUCAACAAUUCGACAUUUGGUCAUGAUACCUAAGGCCCCUCUGCCACGAGGUGAAACCACGAACGUCAUAUGCCGGAUCCAGUGUAAUUCCUGCGAAGUCAACUACAUUGAGGAGACCGGCCAACGGCUACAGACCCGUGUUGGAGAACACAUGAGGGCAGUAAGGCGAAUAGACCCUUUGUCUCUGGUGGCCGAACACUGCGUCGAUUCCGGACGCACGUUCGCCUUCCAGCAUGCCGAAAUUCUGGACCGAGCAAACGACCGCAUAGCCAGGGAAGCAAUCGAGACUUGGUACACGGGGACAACCUACAUCAACCGUUGUGUGGCUCUUCCCGCUACCUACCAAGCACUUCGGGCGCAGCUCAGUAAACAACUGAGCAGACGUUCACCCAGGCAAAACAUGAAUCCUGGCAUGAGCGAGUCCAUGGCAGAUGCACACAGCCACCCCUCAACCUGCUUCCGACGAAGGCGCAGUCGUCACCACAGCCGGUCCAUCUACUAG